UUAUCAGUUCAUCUAUAGGUCUUGGCUUUUGAUCCAGUCCUUGGUCAAAGGUGUAGAGUCACGGAACUGACGCCUCAUCGGUCCAAGAUCCCUCUUUUGGAGCAUUUUCUGUGGCCUUCGGCACGCAACCCAUCGGUUGAAAUGAUCUGUUCUCUUGCUCUGUCGGUUGAAAAGGUUUGAUUUAUUGAUCCGUUGACAUGUUGCAAAACUAUUGCUGCAUUGGUAGUUUGGACUUUGGAGCGGGAUGUAUAGGUUGGCAGAUCGCUCCAGGCUCUUCCGCUCAUGUAUAGCUGGAGCUACGAAUAAGUCAUCUUGGUUCUGACUUCUGAAAUGGCGUGUUCAACGACUUCCAUUCUGCAGGAACCAAUGAGCUGGAGAUCGAAGUAGGCUGCUAUGCUGAACAGAACAAUGCAUGUGUUGCGAGCUACAGGAAAGCCGGAAGCGAUGUGACCAGCUACCGUGAAGCUGCCAUGACGAUUUUAAUUAACAUAUAGAAUGUGGCGAUAGAAUUAGCCACACAUGGCCGUCAGUAGUGUCGUGAACGAGUCAAACCUGCCAUCAUGAUUCUUAUAGCCUGCGUUCAGAUCCUUAAAACGGCCGCCACAGCUACAGCUUGUUCGCGGCACAGCAUUUGGCAACUCAAUACCCAGCUCUCAUCAGGAGCUCAACAAAGUCUGUUAGGAUGCUGAGAGCAACGCACCUCGCUUUCAGGAGGGACAAGGGUACGGCUGCGGGAGCCGCCUUGCGUGGCGUCGUCGGUGGCUUCUCGACGGCGUCAGACUCCCAGUCCCAAAGGCUAGCCGGCAAGGUCGCCGUCAUCACCGGCGCGGCCAGCGGCAUCGGCAGGGCGACGGCCGCCGAGUUCGUCCGGAACGGCGCCAAGGUCAUCCUCGCGGACGUGCAGGACGGCGCCGGCCGCGCCGUGGCCGCCGAGCUCGGCCCGGCCGCGGAAUACGCCCGCUGCGACGUCACGGACGAGGCCCAGAUCGCCGCGGCGGUGGACCUCGCCGUGGCGCGCCACGGCCGCCUGGACGUGCUGUACAGCAACGCGGGCGCGCCGGGCGCCUCGGCGCCGGCGCCGCUGCCGUCGCUCGACCUCGCCGACUUCGACCGCGUCAUGGCGGUCAACGCGCGGUCCGCGGUGGCGUGUCUCAAGCACGCCGCGCGCGUCAUGGUGCCCCGCGGCGCCGGCUGCGUCCUGUACACGGGGAGCACUACGGGCAUGCUCGGCGGCCUCGCCGCGCUGCCCUACAGCCUGUCCAAGGCCACGGUCAUCUCCGUGGUGCGGGCCGCCGCGGACGAGCUGGCGCGGUCGGGGGUGCGCGUCAACGCCAUCUCGCCGCACGCCAUCGCCACGCCGCUGCUGCUCCGCUCCCUCGCCAGGCUGCACCCAGGCGUCCCCGACGAGCAGCUGAAGCGCCUGGUGGAGACUGGCAUGAGCGACCUCCGUGGUGCGGUGCUGCAGGUCCAGGACGUCGCAAGGGCGGCCGUCUACCUGGCCUCCGACGAGGCCAAGUUCGUCACCGGGCAUAAUCUCGUGGUUGACGGUGGGUUCACGGCCAGCAAGCGGAUCGGCACGCCGGAGGCAAGCUCAACCGCUAGCUGACCAUUCUCCUGGACAGGUCCUGCGAAUAAUUAUAAAUCAAUGUACUUGGUUGUUGGUUGAUCGUGAGUUGUGAGUUGUGACCGGAUUGAUAUGAAACCUAGCAUUCUAAAGUAUCAACCAGCGUUACAUUAUCAGUGAUGCCGUUGCAAAUAACUCACCCACCAAUUUCAUUAACU